AUGGAGAAUUCAACUCAAACUUCUUUUAAAAAAUUCAUCCUUCUUGGGCUCUCUAAUGUCCCUGGUCUUCAAGUUGUCUUCUCUUUCAUGUUUCUUUUGAUGUAUAUUGUAACACUUUCAGGGAACUUUAUAUUGAUAAUAGUGGUUCAAUUUAACACCCGACUGCAGACACCUAUGUACCUUUUCUUGACCAACUUGGCUAUCAUUGAUAUUUGCUUUUCCUCAACUGUUGUGCCCAAGAUUCUCUUAAAUACCUUAUCUAGAGACAAAAGUAUCUCCUUCUUUGGAUGUGCUGCACAGUUGUACUUCCAUCUUGCUUUGGGGGGAACAGAAUGUUUAAUAUUGGCUGUCAUGGCCUAUGAUAGAUACACAGCUAUUUGCAAGCCUUUACAAUAUAACAUUCUUAUGGACAAAAAGUUCUGUUUGUAUCUCAUUGGUGGAUGCUGGAUUGUAAGCUUCUUCAACGCGUUCCUUCUCACAUUGUAUACCUUUCAAUUGCCUUUCUGCAAGUCCAACCGUAUCAUUCAUUUCUUCUGUGAAAUGCCUCCUCUUUUUCAUAUCUCUUGUAAAGAUACUUGGUUUAAUGAGCUAGCAAAGUACAUAUCAGUUGGCUUACUAGUUCUUGGAUCUUUCUUGAUGAUUCUCGCAUCUUAUCUCUGUAUCACCAUAAGCAUACUAAAGAUUCAUUCCAUCAAAAAGCUACAAAAAGCCCUCUCCACUUGUGCCUCUCAUCUUACGGUGGUUUCACUCUACUAUGGCGCCAUCAUGUUCAUGCAUUUUCGUCCACUUCAUGCCUAUUCUCCUGAACAGGACAGGGUUGUAACUAUUCUCUAUACAGUGGUGACUCCAAUGUUGAAUCCCAUCAUCUACAGUAUGAGAAACAAGGAUGUCAAAAAAGCCAUAAAAGGAACCAUAUGUUCUAAGGUAAACCACUGA